AUUACUGCCAGCCACUUCCCCUCUCAACAUGCCCGCAACGGUGCACCUCACUCUGCUGGUGUCCCUGUUAACAGCGACAGUCAUCAGUGAAACCACCACUUCCUCCAGCUCAUCCACUGCACAAACAACCACUAACAAACCAUACUCACAAACAACAAUACUCCAGACUACCACUGAAAGAACAACACAUCCAACCACAGCUGAAACGACAACACAUCCAACUACAGCUGAAACGACAACACAUCCAACUACAGCUGAAACGACGACACAUCCAACUACAGCUGAAACGACAACACAUCCAACUACAGCUGAAACGACAACACAUCCAACUACAGCUGAAACGACGACACAUCCAACUACAGCUGAAACGACAGUGCAGUCCACGACCAUCAUCACUUCGGCUUCACCAAAAACGCAGCAGACAGACGACACCACCCCCAGCCCACCUCCUCAAACCACAGCAAACAACCAGACAUCAAAUGAGACAGCUUUGCCAACUGAAACAACGCUCCCAUCUGCAUCAGCAUCACCAAACAUCACUGCAACCACCACUGUGAACACAACCGACACAGGUUUUUCACCCGACUGGGAAAAAGAUGACCUGGCGUCAAACCCCGGCCUAGUCGCUAUCAUUUGCAUCUUCUGUAUCGUCCUCGCCCUCGUUCUCGUGGUACUCACAGUGAAAUGUAUCCGAUCGCCGAGAUCCAAUUUUGAGAGGCUCGAAGAUAUGCCGAUGGGCAAAGUGAAUGAGGAGUCUCCGUUCGCCCACUACUCGAAAUGACAGAAUGCGCUUGUGGACGCCGAAGGCACGGGACGGGUCCAACCUGCCGAACGACUCUGACAUCAUCAGGCUCGGCUUUACGUAGCACUUUAUUCAAUGCCAGUGAAAUAUUUUGGCCUCAUUCAUUUUGGUUUUAAUUAAGUGUAAUCAGCUAACUACAACUGUCGCUUCCUCCAUAGUAAAAUCUGAAAAUCAGCCUGAAAGGUAAACCUUCAUACAUAACGCUUGCUAAACUGGUGACAUGUAUAAUCUUGUAAGCACUACAACUCAGAUUUACACUGGUGAUUUAAUAAGAGUGCAGAUUUCGAUUUUACAUAACGCUUUAACAAAGUCAUAACUGGAAUGUACAAGUGUACAAAUGUGAUCUUAUCUGGAGUGGCAUAUAUGAUGUAUGAAUUGUGGGGUCUGAGGUCUUCUGUGCAAGCAAAGCUCAGACGCAAAAAGUCACAGUGCUGAGCACAUGUUUUAGACCACCGGCCAGUGUAAGGUUUAUGCCAUAGCUGUUAUAAAUUAACAAUUCUGGUACUUACCAAAAUCAUUUUUUAAUGAUUCUGUAAUAGUUAAACCACCAGUGUGCUCUUAAAUUAAGAUCAUAUUUUUAAUGCUAAAAUAUAAAUAUUGUUGUUAUAAAAAUAGAAUAAAAAGAGUAAAGGCAUCAUUAGUUUAUGAUUAAAUUAACUUUGAUUAAAACCUACUUACUUGCAUUCUUGAACAGAACAAUUACUGCUUGAACGUCAUGCUUGAUUAAUUUCUGACUUCCUACAGACAUCCUCAGUGUUUUAAACUUGUUUUAAAUGAGCUUUUUGGCACAGUUCAAAAAUAUUUUUCUUUUGUUUUUCUAAUAGCAGGUAGUCUAAUAAAUGUGUUAUGCACUGGAAAUAUCAGAAAAACUGUGGGGCCACUGACAGAAUCUUUAUGGCUAAAAACACUAAACAAUAGGCUCAUGUUCUUAUUACUGAUAGAAAAAAUACUUGUGUAUUUGUAUGCACUAAAACAGGUACCGCUAAUUAUUUCUAUGUUCACUCUAAAAUUAAUAUCAGGCCAUUCACAUUAGUCACAUCAGAAAUGUUUCCAGGUUCAGGAAAAUCUCGGGACUCAUUUCCAACAAAAACACGUGCAAUUCUACUUUGUCUUGCUAAUCUUGAUGAAUGUAAACAGAUUUGCUUAUGCUUAUAAACAGAUUCAAAUAUAGAAUUGGAUCCUUUCUGCUUUAAAUGCCUUAAUAAUUAAUAUCCCUGAGCUAGCCUGCACAAAAAUGAUAAAAGUCAUAUUUCUAGACAUUUUAAUUGUGGCUCAAAGUAACUUUUUUCAUGAAAUGCUGUCACACUGAGUCUGUGUGGCAAAUCUGCUAUCCUACACUCAAUUUUGCAGUGACUUGAAUGCUUUCCUGCCAUUUCAACAAAAUGAUUUAAUAAGUCAGUGUUUUGUAAAUCGGGACGAUGACAUGCUGUGUACCAACUACAUAAUUGUGAU